UGAGCCUGCAGUCCGCAGCGAUACCCUGUUACACCUCCUGGUCUCCAGGAAAACAUUGUCACAUGUGCAUGUCACAGCGCCAGCGCCAGUUUGAAACAUUCCGCGGGUUACAUUUAUUUGCUUUUUAAAAAAACAUUUUCAGUUCCGAGCAGAGCUUGUACUGCAAUUGUCUUGAUAUUUGAAACAAAUACGAUAAUUAAUAUGGUGGAAGGACCAGGUUGCACCUUAAACGGAGAGAAAAUUCGCGCCAAAGUGAAAAAAGGACAGAAAGUGAAAGAGAUUAGAAAAGGCACAUUGUCAACUUCAGUGGUGCAGAAUGACCCAAAAGGUUCCCAGCGAGGUUCAUUUCACAUUUUCACAGGAUGCCAGUUCACGGGAGUGGAGACUCUCGGCAAAGAGCUGUUCAUGUACUUUGGUCAAAAAGCAUUAAGAGUACAUUUUGGAAUGAAUGGCUCUAUGCGUAUCAACCCAUCUGAGAGAAAGGACAGAAGUGGCGCACCACCCAUUUUGGAGAUCCAGUUGACUAAUGACGUUGUGUUCUUUUUCGAUUCAACUGUAGAUAUCAGGCUCACAGCUGAGUGUGAACAGAAGAUUAGGUGUAUGGAGGACUUGGAUGUUUGCUCUCCUAAAUUCAGUUUCUCCAGAGCAGAAGAUGAGGUUAGAAAGCAAAGAGGUCGUAUGCUGUGUGAUGUGCUGCUAGAUCAGGCAGUCUUACCAGGUGUGGGGAACAUCAUCAAAAAUGAAGCCCUUUUUGACAGUGGCCUGCAUCCUGCUGUCAAAGUUGGCCAUUUGACAGAUGACCAGAUCCACCAUCUUGUGAAAAUGACCCGAGAUUUUACCAUUCUUUUUUACAAGUGCCGUAAGACUGGUUGUGCACUCUAUAAACAUUAUAAAGUAUACAAGCGCCCUAACUGUGGUCAGUGCAGUGGACAAAUCACUGUGUGUCGACUUGGGGAGAAUGGCAGAAUGACCUACUUUUGUUCUUGCUGCCAAAAGGAAAACCCAUGCCAGGUUAAUGUUGGCAAACUUCCAGUCAGAAAUAGUUUAAUAGCUUGGGCUUAUGGAGCAGGUACUCAGUCUAAGGAUCAAGUGGCCAAAAAGGAGGAGGAAGAAUGGACUUGUGCACUCUGCACUUUGAUAAACAAGCCCACUGCUAAAUCAUGCAAUGCAUGUUUGACGUCAAGACCAGAAAUUCCCAAAGUGGAGAUGUCUGAGGAGCCAUCUGCCUUCACUAGAGACCUGAUCAGAUUCCCCUGCAAUGCCUUUACCAAGUCAGAAGUGGAUCUUAAAGUUAAGAGAAAGGCUGCAUUUGGAACCUCUACACUUAUCUUUACAGAUCUGAGCUGUAAAUCUGCCCCUUCACAAAGUACUUCUUCAGUUAACAAUGUUUUAACUUCAUCUUUUGGGUCUUCCAUCACAGAUAGCAGCUUCAAUAAGCAUAACUUUAAUCAAAGGAAGACCAGUUCUAAUUAUUCAAACUCUAGGAAAAAGAGCUUGGAAGUGUCUGACAAGGACAAAUCUGAUUUAUACCAUCAGCCACAAAAGAAAAUGAAAACUGAUCAUAAUUCAUUUUCUAUUACUAAAGGGCAUUCUGGCAAUCACAAUUCUACACUCAGUGAGCCUCGUGUUAACAUGACAGAUGGAACAGCUCUGUUAAGUCAUGGAAGUCCAUGCUGCGCUACACAUAAUCGCCCCAGUAUUCUAAGGGUUGUGAAGAAGGAUGGAGAAAACAAAGGGAGACAAUUCUAUGCUUGUUCUUUACCCAGAGAAACCCAAUGUGAAUUUUUCAUGUGGGCUGAUUCACACUUCCCCACCUGUAAUCAUGCAAAACGAUGCCUCAUGAGAACAGUUCUGAAGAUUGGCCCAAAUAAUGGACGAAAUUUUUAUGUCUGCCCUUUAGGAAAGAACAAACAAUGUGACUUUUUUCAGUGGGCAGAAAAUGGUCCAGGAAUCAAGAUAAUCCCUGGAUGCUAAAAACGCUGUUAACUGAAACAGAAAAACAUGGAAAUAGCUUUGAAUUGUUUCUCCUGAGCUUGCUCAGUGAUGGGUAUUGCAUUUUAAAUACAAGAUGAUUUUUCAAUUACAGUACUACUUCACCAAUUCAAAUAAUAAUUAAAAGAUAGAAGUGCCAUUUUGGUUUCAUUUCAUAGUCUUUGUUUUUAUUGAAAUUAGCAAUGCUGAAUAGAAUUAUAUUAUUUACAUAGUAUUAUAAAAACAGAUUUGUUUUCUUUUGAAUAAAUAAGUGGUUCUGUUUAGGCAUAAUUUCAUUUUGAUUGUCCCAAUGCUGUUUUAGUCCAAAUGAUUAUUUUAGAUAUAAACUCUUCUUGUAAAUGUAUAAAUUCUGUUUAGUGAUCAGGUAUUCUGUAUGUUUGUGCAUCAUGUUGUAAUUGUAUUGUGUUCUAACUGCUACAUGGAAAACUGAUGUCGUUGGAAAAACUUGUGUUUGGCUGCUUGGAAUAUCUUGAUUAGUGUGAUGUAUCAUGUUCUUUAAAUAAAUAGUUUAUUUAAAUUUA